GACACUGCUCUGGGGGUGGGGUGAGUGUGUGGUGUGGCCUAUGUGUGGAUGACCAAGGCUAAUUCUGGCCUCCUAAUCCCAAGUCCCAUCCACCACCUCCCCCCUCUUCCUUCUUGGUAACCCUGAGUAGCAAAUUAACAGGUAGAGCAAGACAUUACUAUCACACUUAAACUUGAAGAAUUGGGAGAAUAAAGGGGGAAUCGGUCAUAGGGUUUUGUGGAUAGCUAACCUGGGACACCUGGAUAGCUAACAACACCUGGGUGCGGGUUACUGGAGAAUGUAGCUGGUGUCUUCAGACAGGCCACAGGGGAGACAGCAAGAUGGGAGAAGCUCAAAAGGGCUUACUCUCUGUCGUUGAGAAGCUAAAGGGGACCACGGAGCAGGAGGUCCGGAUAGUGCUUUUGGGACUCGACAAUGCAGGCAAGACCACUUUGUUGAAGAGUUUAGCCUCUGAAGAUGUCAACACCAUCACGCCAACACAAGGUUUCAAUAUAAAGAGUGUUGCUUCUCAUGGUAUGAAACUCAAUGUAUGGGACAUAGGAGGACAAAGAAAGAUCAGGGCCUUCUGGAAGAAAUAUCUGGAAAAUACAGACCUUUUGAUUUAUGUCAUCGACAGCGCAGACAAGAAGCGGUUUGAGGAGACAGGACUGGAGCUGUCCGAGUUGAUCGAUGAGGAAAACCUGAAGGGCGUUCCUGUUCUCAUCUUUGCCAAUAAACAGGACCUGGCCACUGCGUCCCCGGCCAGUGAGAUCGCAGAGGGGUUGAACCUGCACACGUACCGUGACCGAGAGUGGCAGAUCCAAGCCUGCUCCGCCGUGUCUGGGGAGGGAGUCCAGGAUGGCAUGAACUGGAUUUGUAACAACAUUGCAAACAGGAAGAAGAAGUGAACCAGCAGUAAACAUUUCAAAGAUUUGUAAAGACGUCAUAUCGUACACUCAUCUGUUUUUACAAUUUGUGUAAUUUUUAUGAAUAAUGCAAAGUUAUUUUAGAUAUUUAUGUUGAUUUAGUUGUGAUUUUUGCGGUGCAGCUAUGUAUGGUAACACCACAAUCAAUGUAUCGAGGUAAUAGUGUACUGUAGAAA